GCAGCGCCCAAGCCGAAGAUCACCUAUCAAGCGAGGAAGGUUCCGAAAAAGAGCGCCCAGCAAGUAAGGUCACUUCCGAAGAAUGAGGAAGAGUAUGGAAGAGUUCAAGACCUACGCUGGAAGAUCAUGAAGGACCGGAGCCGGAUGAACAUGAGACGUGGGGUGAAUGGAGAGCUGAUGACCCCAUGGAGAGGCGGUAGAGUCGAGGAUGAAGAGUGGAUGGAAGGUGAAAAUGUAUAUGAGGAGGAGACCAACCGGCAACUUGAGGAGCAUCAGUGGGCAGCUUAUGACAACAUCACCCCGGAACUCGAGAACCCGGACGAGCAAAAUGGGCCGGACGAAGAUGUCGAGUGUGGAGAAGUAGGGGAAGAAGAGCUUCAAGGAGACUACUGGGAGUUCAAAGACG